UCGUUGAGUCCAAAGACUUGAUUUCGUUUGAUGAUAUGGGAAUUUGUCAAAAUCAAGUCGAACGCGGAAACUUUAAAGAAACUCAGUUUUCUGAAAACCAGAGCAAUGAUCUUGUUAAUUUGAAGUUUGAUUCUGUUAUUUUCGACGAGCCCACUUUACCUGUGGUAGAAGAUUGUGGCUCUGACAAAUGCCCAGAUUUGACUUCAGAUAUAUUUUCUUCAAAAUAUUUUGUUAGAUUAGACCGUCGAUUUAAUCAUCAAGUUUAUUUAUUCUUAUAUUUUCAGGUCGUCGUGUCUCAUUUUGUAAGCAAUUCCCAUUUUUAUGUUAAUUCUGUUUUUUACAGUCAAGAUCUGAUUAUGAUGAAACAACAGCUCAAAGAACACGCCACAGCCCUAUCUGUACAGUUCAAUGAAGGAGAUUACGUAAUUAUGGACUCUGAUCGUUGCAAAAUACUUUGGGUUCGUCAAAACGACUGCGGAUUGGUGUCGUUAGACAGUGGCAGUCCGAUUGUGUGUUCUGUUAAUUCUUUGAAACCUCUUAGUAAAGACUUAUGUGAACUUCCCUUUCAGGUAAUUUUGAUAGUUUUACCCAGGCCGUGUUGUGUGGAUUGUUUAGUAAUAAGGAGAGCACAACUCAAGAUAUCAGAACUGGAACAGAAUUGGUCUUGAAAGUAAUUCUCACAGACAAGGCA